AUGAAAAUUUUUUUAUUUACUCUAUUAACUAUCUUGUUUGAUUUUGGUUACGAAAUAAGCACGAAAGUAUAUGAGACAAAUGAAAAAUUUAAUAACUGCUUGAAUGUAGUAAAAGGAAAUUGCGAACUGUGCAAAUGGUAAUAUUUUUUAUUUUCACUGCCACAAGAUCAUAAUGAAUUAGAAUUGAAGGCAGGAACAAGAAUAUGUGUAGAAUGGUAAAAAGAUAAUAUAUAAUAGUCCAUACAUAAAAUUUAAUGAAGCAAAUAAUUACUAUUGUGGUGAUUGUUUAGACAACAGUCAAACAUGGUAAAAAUAAUAGAUAUUUUAGGGACAAGACUAGACUUUGUACAUAUGAUUACAAGACCAAAUCAACAGGAAUAUCAGUAUUUCAUAAAAUAGAGAGACCAGCAAGACAACUAUUUUAUGUAGUAAAGAGUGGAUUUUAGGAUGUAAUAAAAUAGAAUGAAAAUUUAGUUUACAACUUAAAGUUGUGAUGGAUGUGAACAUUUUUGUAAAUAUCAAAAUUAGACAUGUCUUCCAGUAUCUAAAUAAUUUUCUUAUGAUUUAAAUAAUUUGUACAUUAGAUGUUCAGAUGGAUAUGAAUAUAGUGAUAUAUUGGGAGGUUGUGAUCCUUGUCCAGAAAAUUGUAAGUCUUGUUCAAUUAAUAAAAACAUAACUAUAGAUGAUUCAGGAAAGCAAAUAAUUACUAUAAAGAAGAAUUGUUUGAUUUGUAAUGAAGGAUUUAGUUUACUUACAACUAGAACAAAAAUUAAUGAAAUAGAAACUUAUAGUUAAUGUAUUGCAUGCUUUACAGGUUGUGAUACUUGUCAUUUUGGAAAAGAUUAAAUAAAUCUUAAUGAGAAACCAUGGGAUGAGUAUAAUAAUCAUGCACUUUUACUUACUCUUAAUUAUGAAACAAACGAAACGAAGUUUUAUGAGGAUUUAUUUAAAGAAUUUCGUAUAGCAUAAAGAUGUGAAUUUUGUACAAGUACUACUUAAAGUACAUUUGUUCCAGCUUUGAAUAGAAGAACUUGUAUAAGAUGUGGUACAAAUUGCAAGAGAUGUGAAUAUAAAUCUAGUUCAUCAUUGUAUAUAAUAUUUUAAUAAUAAGACCAACGAGAGAGAAAUUAAAAGUAGUUGAACCUGAUAGUCCAGAACCAACAACAGCAGAAAUAGAAUCAAUAGAAUCUCAAUAUAUUUUGAGAUGUAGAGAAUGUGAUAAAUUUAGUUAGACAUUUUAUGCUAUAGGAACAGGAUGUACAGAUUGUUCAAUUGCAAAUUGUAAAUUAUGUGCAAAAGUUGGUGAUCCGAGUGUUGGUAGUGAAACUUCAUUCUCAACUUUAACAAAUGAUUUUGAUCCUCUAGAUAAAGAAGGUAUUAUACAUAUAAUAAUUAUUAAUAGAAUAAUCAUUAGAAAAAUGUAUGUUAUGUGAAGAUGGAUAUUUUUUAUCUGAUGAUUAAAAAUUAUGUACUAUAUUUGAUACAAUAAAUAAACCAAAUUAAGGUUGUUUAACAUAUAAAAAAGAAACUCUUUUGAAAUAAUAGUGUUUAUAAUGUGAUAUUGGAUAUACUCUAUAUAAAAAUGAUAAUUCAGGAAAUUGGGAAUGCAGAAUGGAUUGUUCUUCUUUAAUGCAAGAUUAUUUAUGUUAAUCUUGUGUUUUAAAUGAAUUGAAAAAGCGGUGUUUAAGAUGUUUAGAUGGUUUCUUUGUUGAUAUGUCUACAGGUAAAUGUCAAAAAUGUGCAGAAAAUGGAUAUUGUAAAAGAUGUUAUAGUUUAUCAUUACAAUCUGUUCAUCAUUCUGAAUAUUUUGACUAUGAUUUUGAUGAGGAUAAAAAAGUAUUAGGUCCUUAUUGUUAUGAAUGUACACCUGGAGAUAUUUAAAAAGGACCUUUUUUAAAUGAAGAUCUUAGAUAUUGUGAAAAAGGAGGACCUUUUUGUACAGAAUUCUAAGCCAGAGGUACAAAAGGAUAUUGCAAUAAAUGUGAUAUAAGUAAAGUUGGAUCAUCUCUUAGUUCUUCAAUUGAUGAUUCUGAUUGUAUAGAAUGUCCAGAAUAUACUAUUGGUUGUAGAGAUCGUUCUUAAAUUGAAAUUGCUCUAAUUAAUAAAUUCUAUGCUCCUACUGAUACAACAUAUCUAAAAUAUUCAAGAUUAUCAUUUAAAUGUGAGGAUGGUGAUAAUUAUUAUUAUGAUACUAAAAUAGGUAGAUGUAUUUAUAAAAAUGAUUGUUUAACUCCUUGUGAUAGAUAUGAUGAAAUCACUAUUAAUGCAGAUUGUUAAUAAAAUUAACCAAAUUCUAAUACAGAAUGGAAAAUCAAUUCAUAAUUCAGUGAUAUUACAUCCAAAACUACCUUCCUCAUUUUGGAAGAUAAAUUAGCUUCUACGAUAUCAGAAAAAUUUUAAGAAUGGAAUAAAAAAGCAGUCAGCAAAAUUACUAUCAUUCUUAAUUUCUAAUAUUAAUCUGGAGAUAAUUCAAAAUGUUUCUUCUAAAAAGAUACUUAUUUUACAACCAAUAUUAGAAAGAAUGUCUUUUCUAUUAAUGAAUUAGAAUUAAAAAUUAAAACUAAUUCAAUUAAUCCUAAUGAAAGGAUUCAGUGGUUUAUUUAAAGGAAUAUUUACUUUGCUUAUUUUACUUCUGUCUCUAUUAAUGGAUUUGAAUUAUAUCCAGCUUAUGGUUUAGAAAAUUAACCAAUAUCUUAACAUAUUCCAAAAUAUGAAAUUCCUUUCGGCCUGAUAUUCCAAAAUAAUACUGGAUCUAAAUUCUCACUUUAAAAUGUUAAAAUUGGGAACCUUCAUGCUUAAAGUCAUUAUGAAGAUAAAAAUUCAUAUACAACACCUUAUAGUUCAGAAGCUGUUAAACAUAAGAAGUAAAAACCAUUCUUUACUUCACUUCUUAACACUUAUGAAAUCUAUUUAAAAGAUGUUGUUAUUUAAUCUUAAAAUUAUUUGCUUAGUUCAGACAUUACAUUCUAAGCCAAACCUUUUGGUUUAACUUAUGAUUCUGAUAUCAUUUUACCUUAUAUGAAUAUUAAAUUAGAAAAUGUUAAAUUUUACGAUAUUGCUGUUGAAAGCUAAGCAAUUUUUGAGCUUUAAUCAGUUAAUUUUUUAACCGCUCCUGAAUGGAAUAGUAAAUUAUUAAUAACUUAAACAUAAUUUUAUGAUUGUUACUUUGUAAAUGAUGGAGCCUUUUUAAGUACAAAAAUUGUUGAUAGACCAAUGGGUAUGGUAAUAAUUAAUUCUUUACUAAUGAGAAAUGUUGAAUACAAUAAUUCAAGAGGAAUAGCUGAUUUCACUACCAUGUAAUAAAUAAAAGUGAAUGAUUUUUAGAUUUAUGAUUCAAAAGUUAAUUAUACUUCAUUAUUCAAAAUAACAACAAUUGAAUUAAGUGAUGUUUAUAUGAAGAAUACUAAAUUCACAUAUAAAGGUAGAUUGAUAUAAACACAAUAUGAAUUAAAUACAAUAAGAGUUGGUGAUGCUGAAUUUUCAGGAUUGAAGUUGUAAUUUAUUAAUCUUGAAUUUGAUUAAGUUAUUUGUUUAACUCCAUCAUGUUUAAUAUUAAUAACAGAAAUAUAAAAUAAAUAUGACAUACCUAUUAACAUUACAAUGAAAGGAUUAAUUAUUAAAUAAAUAAAUACAAUAGGAUUUGAUGAAACAAUUUGGGAAGCAGCUACAAGUGCUUCAAUAAGAGUAGAAAAAAGUAAUACUUUAGUAGUCUCAGAUUUUGAUAGUAUUGAGAAUCCAGAUUUAGCAAUAUUUUAUGUAGAAUAAGUAUGGAACACUAAAUUUAUUAAUCUUAAUUGUUAUUAAAAGGAAGGAUUAAGUAUAAGAAAUAAUUAUUGCUUAUUUAUAAAUAACCCUUACAAAGAUGUAGAAUUGUUGAAUAUCUAAUUACUUAAUUUAAUUGGAAGAGAUAAUUCAUUUGUUGGUAUAUCAUCAUGGAGUAAUUUAAUUUAUAAUACAUCAACUGCUGAUUACUAUGAAAAAAUAAUUAUUAGUGGAGUUUAAGUAAUAUAAUGUCAAAUUAUUACAACAGUUUUAGCAGUUCCUUCGUCUGCAAUAUUGAUAGAUUCUACUUAAAUGUAAACUGUAUAAAUUAAUCAUAUGUAUUUUUAAAAUAAUCAUCAUAAAAUGGAGAUAGAUGGAUCAUUAAGACCUAGCAAUCCAACUUUUUUAAUGAGAAGUGUAGUUGGAACUUUGUUUUUAUAGGAUUGUAUAUGGAGAUCAAAUUCUGUUGAAGGUUUUGGAGCAGUUCUUUAUUUAGAAGUAGGAACUUAAAUCAUUUCAAAUAUAUCUAUGAUAAAUAGUAACUUUGAUGUUUAAACCAAAACUUCAAUCCCUUAAAUCAAUGAAAUAACAGAAGGUGGACAUCUUUAUAUAUCUGCAUUCAAUCUAGAGAUGAGCAAUUGCAUUUUCUCAAAUUCAACUGCUAAAUUAGGUGGAGUUUUAUUUAUAAGAGCUUUAAAAGAAGGUAAGAUAACUCUUUAAAAUAUUUCAAUGAAAUAUGCUUAUACUCCUUUAAAUGGAGCAGUAUCAUCAAGAGGAGGAUGUUUAUAUGUUGAUUCAAUGGCAUCAUAAUUAGAUAUGAAAAUAUUAAAUACUGAAUUAAAAGAUUGUUUUACUAGAGGAGAAGGAGGUGGAAUCUUUUUAAUAAGUUACGAUAAAUAAUAAAAUUUCAGAAUUCAAGAUUCAAUAAUUUCAAAUUGUUAUGCUCUUAGUGGUCUAGCUAUAAAAACUCUAUUUUAUUCAAAAACUAUUAAAAUUUAGAAAAUGACACUUGAAUCAGUUAAGAUUUAAGGUAAUUAAUCAAAUUCUUUGGACUAUUUAAUGUAAUUAGGAUCUUUUUAGUAAAUAGAAAAAUUCUUAUUCCUUAAGAGAAUAGCUGCUAUUGAAUAAGAUAAUGGAUAGAUAGAUAUUUAGAAUACUUAUUCAGAAGGUCUAUUUUAUUAUGGAUUUAUAUCAAUAUGGUAAGCAACAUUAAUUAGAAUGAAUACAUUAGAAUCUUAACAUAGUGUAUUAUCAUACAGACCUUAUAUAGAAAUAUUAGAACCAUUAGAGAAUCCAAUAUUAAUUGAUUCAGUUUAGUUAAGAAAUAUUUCAUCAAUUUCAACAGAUAAUUUAAAUUGUUCUUCUAUUACUAAAAAUGGAUUGUGUAUAGUUCUUUAAAUAAGAGUAGAAUACUAAGAAUUGAAAAUUAAUCCAGCAUUAAUGUUAUUUGAUUAUAUUUAGGAGAGUACUCGUUUAAUAUUGAAAAAUGUAGCUAUCAAUAGAGUAAACUGCAAAGAAUGUCAUGGAGGUUUGGUUCAAAUAAUGAGGGUUUCAAAUUUUGGAUAAAAUUCAUUAGUUGAAAUGAGUUCAUGUAGAUGUUCAAACUCAGAAUCAGCUUAUUAUGGAUGUUUUGCUAUUUCAAGUGAAUAAUACUUUAGAGAGUAAGUUGAGAUUGAUUAAUUGAUUGAUACACCAUUAUAAUCUAAUUUAACAGCCAAAAAAAUACAUGAAUUUACUAAUAUUCCUUUGCAAUAAAAAAGAUUAUUAGAAGAGGAAAUAAAUAAUUAAACUAAGUAUAAUUUUAGUUAUGCAAUUCCUAAUCCUCCAUAUUUAUCACAUAUAAUAUUGGAUCAAUUAAAUAUAUAAGAUGUAAAGGCAGUACAUGGUGGAGGUAUAUCAAUUUAUGGAUUAAAUACUAACUUAACUUUAUGUUCAUGUUCUAAUUCAAUAGUUACUGGAAGAGGAGGAUGUGUAUAUUUUGAAUCUUAUCCAAAAGAAGGAGGUACAAUAUAACAUAGAAUAAAUAUUGCAGACAAUACAUUUCAUGGAAAUAAUGCAAGUAUAGGAGGUGCUAUUGCUGUUGUUGAAAGUGGAAUUAAUAAUUAUCAUCUUACAAGUAAUACUUUUGUUGGCAAUAAGGCAAAAAAAUAUGGAGAUGAUGUUUCUGAAUAUCCUACUUAAUUAGGUGUAAAAGUGAAUAAAGAUUUAUAAAAAUAAGGUUAAAUUAAUUCAUAUACUGGAUGGUUACAUUAUCCAAUUGUUAUUAAAAGUGGUUAAUAAAUGAGAAACUUUGAAAAUUAAUCAAUUGUAAUAGUAUUUCUUGACAAAUAAAAUAAAAUUAUGAGUUAUUAACAUGGUUAGAAAUGUGAUCUAACUUCAGAUGUUUUAACAACGAAAGACAAUGAAACAUAAACUUUCCCAAGUGAAACAAGAAGAGAAUUUUAAAUUAAUGAAGUAUAAGGAUUUAACUAUUCAAAUCAAAUUGUUAAUUUUGAUCCUUACACUUUUAUCACUCUUGAUGCAGUUUUCAAUAGCAGUCAUGUUAAUAUACCCAUAUAUCAUGAUGAAUAUCCAUUUCAAUGUAUGGGUUUUGAUACUAGAUACACAUUAAAAGUUAGAAUUAGAUCAGUUGAAUGUGAAUUUGGAGAAUCCUACUCAAGAAAAUCGGGAACUUGUAACAAAUGUGAAAGGGGUUUAUAUGCAUUAGUAAAUAAAGCUGAAUUUUGUAAACCAUUAAUCUCUAAAACUAUGGAUGAUGCUGAAUCCAAUAGAAUUAAAACAAAAAAUAAUCAUUGGCGACCUCAUUACUAAAGUGAUUAAAUUGAAAAAUGUUUUAACAAAGAAAUUAACUGUAAAGGUGGUUAUGAUGUUGGGAAUGAUAUCUGUUAAGAAGGAUAUAUUGGAGCACUUUGUGAAGAAUGUGAUAUCUAUGCUAUACAUUGGGAUUAAGCUUAUUCUAUUUCAGGUAAAUAUGAAUGUGGGGAAUGUCCAUAGGAUAAUCUAAAUAAUAUUAUUCUUAUAAUCCUUAUUUCUUUUUUUACUAUUUAUAGCACCAUUUAAUCAGUAAAAGGACAUGAGGAUAGAAUGGAAAAAGUUGUUACUAUGAAAAUUCUAAGAAGACUUAAACUUUUAUCUGCUAAAGCUACUUUAGAUCAAGCAGCAAUCUUAAUGAAAAUAUUUAACAAUUUCAUUUAAUUACUCUCUAUUCUAGAAAGCUUUAAAAUUUCAAUUCCUUAAGAUACUAUAUAGGCAAUGAAUACUGUUACUAUGCCUGCUAAAUCUAUGGGAAAUGCCUUAGAUUGCAUUUUAGCAAAGGAAAAUAUGUUUGAGGCCGACAUAAUUUAUACCAGAUUAAUUUGGUCAUUACUUCUAUAAAUUAUGUGUAUUUUUGUAAAUACUUUUAUCAUCCUUUUCCUUAUUUUAAUUAAUAGAUUAAAAUGGAAGAGUUUAUAUACAAUGGCUAUUUAUAUGUUUAUAUUUUUAUAACCUACAUUUUUAAUUGAAUUUUUAAAUCUAAUUGCUAAGAGAACUAUUAGUGGCGAUAAUUAUGUUUAAGCCAAUGUAUCCUAUUUAUAUGAUACAUCAACUCACUCUGAGUGGUUAUAAUGGUUUGCAUAUCCUGGAUUCUUUAUAUUUCUUCUUUUACCUUUAGUCUUCCUUUGGCAAUUAAGAGUAGGAAAAUGGUAUAAUAAAUUUGAUUAAAUUUCAUAUAUGCAAUCAUGGGGAUACUUUUAUCAUGAAUACUCAAAUGAUAAAGACAGAAUUAUUUAUUAUUGGGAGUUCGUUAGAAUUUAUAUUAGGUCAUUUAUCAGUAUUAUAAUCUGUAUACAAGCUCAAAAUGUUAUAAUUAUGGUAUUAUGUUAUCUAUUAUUUAUAGGGUGCAGUAUCUUCAAUUUUGACAUUUAUCUACCUCUUGUUUAGUAUAUAUAUAGAGCCUUAUAGUAAUAAAAGGCUUAAUAAAAUUGAUUAGAUUUCAAAUGUUCUACUCACUCUGACUUUUAGUAUUUCAACAAUUAUUUAUUCAAGCCUAUAAGAUGAUUAAAAUUACGAUAGGUAAAAAGUCCUGGCAGGGUAUGUUGUUUUGAUGUGUACAAAUAUUCCUUUUAUUGCAUACUUAAUAUUAGAAAUUAUAGGAGAAAAUUUUGAAAGUAAAGCAAAUAUGAUUGAUAAAUUGAGAGAUAAAAUUAAUAACAAAUAUCCAGGUUUAAUUACAAUGAACAAUUGUUUAACUUGUUGGAAUUGUUGUGGUGAAUUUCCUGUCGGUAAAUAUUUGCUACAGAAUCGUACAAAAGCUAGAAAAAGAGCUAAAGAACUUUGGAAAGAUCUUAUGACAACUGUUAAUGAAAGUUUGGAGAUAUGGAAAUAUGAUAAAAGCCGUCCUUUCAAAAUUAAAAAAUGGUAUUAUGAACCACUCAAACCACAAGAUGAAGGAAUGAGUAAUUAUGAUAUACCAAGAUAAUAAUGAUUUAUUUGAUAUUUUUG